GCCUUACAGCACACACGUUUAGCUUCCUACAUAACAGUGUCAGUGAAGAAUGUACUCGGGUGUGUCAAAAUGGCGCGCUUUCUCUUCACUCUUGCUUUCGUCAUCUGUCCUUGUGUGUUUUCCCUGUUUGCUUCAGUCAUCCAAGCUGACGAAAGUGCCAAUGAGUUGACUGCAUCGAGAAGGGCGGAGAAUGUCUCUGCUCUUCUGGACGGUCUGUUGGAAGGCUACGAUAAGAGGCUACGACCAAACUUUGGAGGUCCUUCGGUUCCUGUAAAUAUCAGUAUGUACGUCUACAGCGUCGGCCCAGUGACUGAGUCACAAAUGCAAUACACAAUAGACAUGUACUUCCGCCAGCAGUGGAUUGAUGAGCGCCUGCGUUUCACGGGUGACGUCACCGUGCUGUCGCUCAAUUCGGAGAUGGUGGAUCGACUCUGGGUACCAGACACGUACUUUGUCAAUGAGAAGUCGGCCAAGUUCCAUACCAUCCUGUACAAGAACACGCUCAUCCGAAUCGAACAGAACGGGAACAUACUGUACAGCACUAGGUUGACUGUUACGGCCAGCUGUUACAUGGAUCUAGCCUUCUUUCCAAUGGACAAGCAACGGUGUUCACUCACCAUGGAAAGCUAUGCAUAUAGCGACAAUCAGGUCCACUACUAUUGGAUCCCAUCCGGACCUAUCUACGUCGACGAGGCCGUCACCCUGCCUCAGUUCCAAUUCUUAGGAAGCAGUCAGCGGGCCAACACGGCGCAGUACUACGUCGGGAACUAUUCCCAGCUGAUAGCGGACUUCUACCUGGGCCGUGAGAUCUCGUACUACCUGAUCAAUGUCUACCUACCGGCUACCCUGAUUGUCAUCGUCUCCUGGGUGUCAUUCUGGAUCCCUCGUUCCUCCACGCCGGCCCGUACGGCUCUGGGUAUCACCACGGUGCUGACUAUGACCACGCUGAUUGGUAAUGCUGGCUCCUCUCUGCCUAAGCUAUCCUACAUCAAGGCCAUAGAUCUCUACCUCGAAAUGUGCUACUUUUUCGUCUUUGCGGCCCUGCUGGAGUUCGCCCUGGUCAGCUACUACGAGAAGCCGUCUUUCAAGGAGGCGCGUCAACGGAUGAAGGAGAGGGCAGAAAACGGCAACUCGCCGGCGUCCAAGAGCUCCGGCUCACCCAGUAGUGUCUACAGCGUCGAUAAAAGGAGGGAUGAGAUUGAGAUAACCUUCGUCAACGAGAACGCCUUGAAGGAAGCCAACCUAUCCCGUGCCGAGAUGAUCAACCGAGGCGGCGCCAGGCGCUGCUCCUACAUCCGUGCCGCCGAGCGCGGCUCACCUCCCGCCAAGCCCAGCUCCAAGUCACCCUCCACGCCCUGGAGAGACCAACAUGAUAUGACCAAAUGCGAGGAGAUGUGCGGACCAAACUGCGCCGAUUUCGGUGAGGUCGGCAUAGAUCCGGGCAAAGUGGACAUGAACUCCCGGAGGUUUUUCCCGUUGGUUUUUGUCUUGCUGAAGAUCAUCUACUGGGCUUACUACGUGACAGUUACAAGCGGUGGUUUAGAGGAUUUGAUCGCUGAGGUCGAACAGUCAUCAUAGCCCAAACUGGUUUUUAAAUUUGGACUUACAUUUUGCCGGAGCCGUAAAAACAUUUGCAAAACAACGAAUUCAUUUUCUCCAUUAAUCAGGCAAACAUUUUUACUCGUUUUUGUUCUGCAUAAUAAGUGACUCGAAUCAGGAAAACAAGUCACGUAGACCGACUCCAGCUUAAUGAGAGAGUCUGCUUUAUUAUGAUUCCGAAAAUUUGGUGCGAAGCUUUGUAGCAAAGGUGUGGUGAAAAGAUAACCGAGUGCUGAUAUUUCGAAUAUAACUCUGUUUCCAAAGAGCAAAACAAGUAACUCAUUGCCAUUAAAUUACAUAAAUCACCUUAAUGUUCUCACUCACAAAAAAACAGUCAGCCGGUAACCCAUGACAUUUUUUGUUAAUCUCUGUGUGAAGUCUUUGUCUUUUGACAGCACACACAGUGGCGGCGCUGUUUAUAAGUCGCAUACUAAAUUUGUCUAGCGCCUACUUUCAACAUACAUUAAAAAAAUGUAAUCGUACCAGUUUGUAUAAUAACUAAUGUUACUAAUAUUUCUUCUUCUUGUGUGAGUUUAAAUUUUUUUAUAAUUAGAGUAUAGAUAAGCAAUCAGUUUCUCAGGAAGUAGGAAAAUUGAAUUAGUAUUUUUUGUAUAUAAUUUGACCACAUUUGAAGUCAUGAUUUGAGCAAUGCAAUAAGACAUUUCGAUCUUUAUUGUAUAGGAUGAGAUGCGAGUGAGAUAGGAAGUAUUAUUAUAUUUUAACGAUAUAAGGAGUAUUAUAACAUUUUAAUUUUUGUGAUUUUUAUGAUUAGGCUAAUUAAAUGGGUAGUAAAUGCGAAUAAUAUGCAUAUUGCUUCGGCGUCUGCAUUUUGAUUGCCUUUAGGUAAUGCUCAUUAUCAGUGUCAGUGAACCGUAUCGGCGCUAAUGGAAGACACGGGCAUGCGCUUCACACCUUUGCCUUAUUUUUUUUCUCGCGCUUUUCUGCCAGCGAUCGCUCCCGCCACGCGAGAUUAAUUUCCCGCCAAAAGAUCGUCUGUCACUUAUGCAAAUCUGAAUCCUUGUGUGAAUGUAAUGGUUUAUUUGUCCCAUUUUCGCUCUGUGAUUGCGUUGUUGAAUUUUUCAGUAAAGAAGAUUUGUAAGUCACCGAGUCGUUAAAUGAGCUUUCGAAUACAGUUUU